AUUUUUAAACGGACAAACCCCUUAUCUUUUGGUCGGGACGACUGACGAAACCACUGAGCAUCCCCAAAACCAAAUUUUACGUUGUUUUUGCGGCAGUGUUUUGAAAAUAUUUGAAUCUUGUUUGGGUUCGAUUCAGUUUUUCCAGUGAACAAUGUCAAUCUCUUCUUCGUUCCUACCCACCCUUUCUCCUGACCUCCUUUCUUCAUCCUCUGCGUUUCCUGUACCUUAUUGGGUUGCUUCUAGACCCCAUCCGCAUAAUUUAGUGAUGGAUCGUCACUGUUUAAAUCGACGGUUGAUCAUCAACUGCUCGUCUUCUUCUUCGUCGCCUGAUUUCGCUUCCGAAUCCAUGAAUAUGAGCAGGCAGCCUCCAGUGCCAUCAGUAGCCCCCUUUGGAAUGAAAAUGAAUGAUGCUGCCAUUUCCAGAAGACCAUAUAAAUGGCAAAGGGUCUUGCUUAAAGUUAGCGGAGAAGCACUUGCAGGAGAUCACACACAAAACAUUGAUCCGAAGAUUACAAUGUCCAUUGCAAGAGAGGUAGCUUCUGUGACCCGCCUUGGCAUUGAGGUCGCAGUUGUUGUUGGUGGAGGAAAUAUCUUCAGGGGAUCGUCUUGGGCAGGAAGUAGUGGCCUUGACCGUUCAUCUGCUGACUAUAUUGGGAUGUUGGCAACUGUGAUGAAUGCCAUAUUUCUUCAAGCAACAAUGGAAAGUAUCGGUAUCCCCACACGCGUGCAGACUGCAUUUCGCAUGUCAGAAGUUGCAGAGCCAUACAUUCGUCGAAGGGCAGUCAGGCAUCUAGAGAAAGGAAGAGUUGUAAUUUUUGCAGCUGGAACAGGCAAUCCAUUCUUCACCACAGAUACUGCUGCAGCCCUUCGCUGUGCAGAAAUUAAUGCUGAGGUUGUGCUAAAGGCUACAAAUGUUGAUGGGGUCUACGACGAUGACCCCAGGGAUAAUCCAAAUGCACGUCUUAUUGAUUCUCUAACUUAUCAUGAAGUGACUUCUAAAGAUCUUUCGGUUAUGGACAUGACGGCCAUUACUCUCUGCCAAGACAAUAACAUUCCUGUUGUGGUCUUCAAUCUUUCCAAACCGGGUAAUAUCUCAAAAGCAAUUAUGGGGGAGAGGGUUGGCACGUUGAUUGGAGGAACAUGGAAUUCUAAAGUGGCAACAGCAUGAGCAAGGUAUUUACCGGCAUUUCUGGGCGGCUCCUACUAUUGUUGUCCAACAUUUUGAACUGCAGGAGAAUUGAGUGGGGCUGGAGCUGGCGGUGUGAGUUUCAGCAGUUAAAGGCUUCCCCGGGAACUCUCUAAGAAUAAAGAUGAAAUACAAAUUCGAAUCUGCUGGUAUUAGGCUAUUCAGUGACAUAGAUAGCAUUAUGAGAGCUGUUUCUGUACAUAAUUCUGUAGUCCAAAGAAUUUUGGCAAAUAGUAUGUGUUCUGUAAUCAUCAUGAAAGAAAAUUGCUGAA